AAUCCUGUAAAUGACGUUCAUCCGGGUCAUUUAUCCCAAUCACAUGUUUGCCAGUAUCUAUCUCAAUGACCUUUAAUUAACUCACCAACUCCAAAUUUACCUCUCAGCUCCCACUGCUUUUGCGUUUUGAGAUCCUCCUGACCAAGAUAUUGUGCUUUUAUUAAGGAAAUGAAGUCCCUUCUAUUGGUCAGUCAUGAGUGGUAACUUGGAGAUGAAGUUGUUGAUUUAAUUUAAUCCUUCAAGUUAUUAUGCAACUCAAAGAUUAGCAUGGAAACCCUAAUUGCUGCUGAAUCUUUACAAGCUGAUGCAAAUUUAUUUUCUCUUAUAGUUAUUAUUGUUAUUAUAAAACUUAAAACUCAUUUGUAGUUUGCUAAGUUUAUGUGAUCCGGGAUCAUAUAUAAUUUGAACUUUUAUUUAGGCCAGUAAUCUUUCGCAUUUGACUGCUAUAAUGCACAGUAUUUUGUGUUGUUGAGGUGCUCAUUUACUCCAACCGUCUUUCAGUCUCUCUCGAUUAUGUGAUAACUUUGUUAUCUUUUAGCUCUCAAGAUAGCAACGAUGUCUCAUAAUUACUUCUGAAAAGUACAGAAUGACUAUUUUGGAACAGUCAAAUGGGAAUGGAGUACAAGAAUAAAAAUUAUCACAGAUAAUGGUUCGUGGAAGAGAUGCUUGUUGGGAACAUUGUGUCCUAGUUGAUGCAACUAGACAAAAGGUCAGAUGUAAUUAUUGUCAACGGGAAUUCAGUGGAGGGGUAUACAGGAUGAAAUUUCACUUGGCUCAAAUUAAAAACAAAGAUAUUGUACCCUGCACUGAAGUUCCAACUGAUGUACGGGAACAUAUUCAAAGUAUAUUAAGUACUCCCAAGAAACCCAAAACUCCCAAGAAACAGAAGGCAGAUCAAGCUGCUGCAAAUGGUCAACAAAAUAGCUCUUCAGCUAGUGGUGGCUUCCAUCAUAACCAUGGAUAUAGUGGGCAGAAUGGUAGUGCUUGUCCAUCUUUAUUAUUUCCGCAUCCUUCACCAAGUGCCCAGCCAUUAGUUGAUGAUGCCCAAAAGCAAAAGCAUGAUGAUGCUGAUAGAAAACUUGCCAUAUUUUUCUUCCACAAUUCCAUUCCUUUUAGCGCUGCUAAAUCUGUGUAUUAUCAAGAGAUGGUGAAUGCUGUAGCUCAGUGUGGGGUAGGCUAUAAAGCACCAAGUUAUGAGAAAUUACGCUCUACUCUCUUGGAAAAAGUGAAAACUGAUAUUCAUAAUGAUUACAAAAAAUACAGAGAUGAGUGGAAAGAAACAGGAUGCACAAUCUUGUGUGAUAACUGGUCUGAUGGUAGGGCAGGAUCACUUGCUGUGUUUUCUGUUGCAUGCCCAAAAGGAACAUGGUUCUUGAAGUCAGUUGAUGUUUCAGGUCAUGAAGAUGACAGUACUUACUUGUUUGAGCUUCUGGAGUCUGUUGUGUUGGAAGUUGGUGUAGAAAAUGUUGUUCAGGUUAUAACAGAUACCAGUGCUAGUUAUGUUUGUGCUGGAAGGCUUCUCACAGGGCGGUAUAGUUUUUUGUUUUGGUCUCCUUGUGUUGCUUAUUGUAUUGAUAAGAUGUUAGAGGAUAUUGGUAGACAAGAUUGGGUAAGCACAGUUUUAGAAGAGGCAAAGACAAUCACACAGUACAUUUAUAGUCAUGCUUGGAUUCUGAACAUAGUGAGAAAGUUCACUGGUGGGAAGGAAUUAAUCAGGCCAAAAAUUACUAGAUUUGUCACUAACUUCCUUUCCUUGAGAUCUGUGGUGAUGCAUGAAGAUAGUUUAAAGAAUAUGUUUUCUCAUUCAGAGUGGUUGUCUUCCAUAUAUAGCCGACGUCCAGAUGCACAUGCCGUUAAGUCAUUGUUAUAUUCGGAUAGAUUUUGGAAGUAUGCGCAUGAAGCUGUGAGUGUUUCUGAGCCACUUGUUAAAUUCCUACGGAUGGUUGAUAGUGACAUGCCAGCUAUGGGUUACAUAUAUGAAGGAAUAGAGAGGGCAAAGGUUGUGAUCAAGGCCUAUUAUAAGGGAAUUGAAGAGAAAUACAUUCCAAUCUGGGAUAUAAUUGAUCGGAGAUGGAAUAUUCAACUUCAUUCAUCAUUACAUGCUGCAGCUGCAUUUCUUAAUCCUUCAAUUUCUUACAAUCCAAACUUCAAGAAAGAUUUGAGGCUGAGAAAUGGGUUUCAAGAAGCCAUGCUCAGGAUGGCAACUACAGAUAAAGACAAAAUGGAAAUCACCAAAGAACUUCCUAUUUACAUCAACGCCCAAGGUGCACUUGGGACUGACUUUGCUGUCUUGGGAAGAACACUCAACGCCCCCGGCGACUGGUGGGCGAGUUAUGGUUAUGAAAUCCCCACACUACAGAAAGCAGCAGUGCGGAUACUUAGUCAACCUUGUAGUUCCCUUUGGUACAGGUGGAAUUGGAGCACUUUCAGGAGUAUACAUAACAAGAAACGUAACAAAGUGGAGGUGGAAAAAUUCAGCGAUUUGAUUUUUGUGCAUAGCAAUCUUUGGUUACAAACCAUUUCCCAACGUAGGAAAGCAAAAUCUGGGCCCAUUAUCUAUGACGAAAUAGAUUGUAGUUGUGAAUGGCCCUCUGAAAUAGAAUCUUCGCCCCCACUUAUGGAUGAUUCGUGGUUGGACGAUUUGCCCCUUCAAUGCAGAGGGAGUCCUUAG